AUGUCCGAGUCUCCCAGAUCCGAGAAAUACAUGUGCCUGACCCGGUACAGCACGCCAGUGCCAGAGCUGGAUGAUCACCGCUUCCAGAUGGAUCGGCCUCGCAUCGAGGCGCCUGUGGAAGCUCCUCUGAGCCAGCAAAAUACCGCUCAGCAGGGACCUGCGGGAGAGCUUCCAGAGCGGUCGGAUUUGCUCCAGGUACAAGAUGCUCUGCGGGAAGCGGGGCCGGUCUUCCGAGACUUUGAAAAUGCCGUGGUUGAUGACGAUCGAUCUCUCAACGAUGUGAAUGGGGUAGGUCGGCGAUUCUCAGUCGACCCGACUGCGAACUUCCAACCUCCUCGUCGCAUCAGUUGCACCCAGCAAGACCUCACCAAUGUCUCGCGCACGUCGUCCGUGUCAGCUCGGUCUACAUCGCCGCCCAAUUCCGUGGAAGCUUUCGCCGACCCACGUCGCCGUGAACGUGCCAACACAUUGGAUAGCCAUGGAGCUCCCGACUUGGAAGCUAUUCUGCAGCGUACUGUCUCUGGUGGCACGCAUCGCCGGCGCCCCACUUUCAGCAAUGCUAGCGGGGUUCGACCACAGCCCGGUGAGGUGCAAUUGGAUAUGCCAGAAGAGGUUUGCAUGCCUCCAUACGAACAACCAGGUCGCAUCCCCGUCAUCGACUACGAAGAGCUGGAGGAAUUUGUGGCACUCAACCAGAAAGUCAAGACCGCUGGUGACCGCCGGAAACACAGCCUAAGCUCGCAGAGCAAGAAACCCCGUGUAUUCUAUGACCUCCGCCCGGGCGCGAAAAGCCCCGAUGUCGACGAAUUGAAGAAGUCCGAUUCAUCGGAUGCUUCGAGCAACGCAUCCGGGGAAAAGCCCAGCAAGGUUGUAGAUGGAAAGGUGCUCGUGGAGGUCCUCCAAAACACCAACCAGCCAACUCGCUUUGGUUUCUUUUCGUCCGAAUCCCAGAGCACGGUGCAUGCGGCGGAGCUGGGAGAUCUGGUGCUCCCCGGCGACACCUUCCGAGACCUGUUCCAACUGGGACCGGAUGGAGGCGUAUGGUGGCUCGACGUCGUCAACCCCACCGAGGAGGAGCUUGGUGCCAUUUCUCGGGCAUUUUCAAUUCACCCGCUGACGACCGAGGAUAUCCAGACUCAGGAAGCACGCGAGAAGGUCGAGCUGUUCAAGCAGUACUACUUUGUCUGUUUCCGCACUUUUGACCAAAUGGACAAGACCAGUGAAGAGUUUCUGGAGCCGGUCAACUUCUAUAUGGUCGUCUUCCGGGAUGGGGUGCUGACCUUUUCCUUCGUCGACAACCCUCACGCCGCCAAUGUACGAAAGCGAAUUGGAAAGCUGCGGGACUAUGUGUCGCUCAGUAGUGACUGGAUCUGUUAUGCCAUGAUCGACGACAUCGUGGACAGUUUCGGCCCGGUGAUCCGGGAUGUGGAGGUGGAAUCCGAGGCGAUCGAGGACCAUGUCUUCAUCGCGCGCGUGGACGAUUUCGAGUCAUUCCUCCCGCGAAUCGGCGGCCUUCGCAAGAAAGUCAUGAGCUUGAUGCGGCUUCUGGGUGGCAAGGCAGAUGUCAUCCGGGGAUUCUCCAAGCGCUGUAACGAGCAAUACUCGGUGACUCCCCGCGGUGACAUCGGUCUUUACUUGGGUGAUAUCCAGGAUCACGUCGUGACCAUGAUGUCGAACUUGGCCCAUUUUGAGAAAAUGCUCAGCCGGUCCCACACCAACUACCUGGCGCAGUUGAAUGUCACCAACCUGGUAUUGGGCAACCAUGUUAACAAGGUUCUCAGCAAAGUCACACUGAUUGCAACAAUCCUGGUCCCUAUGAACCUGAUCUGUGGUCUCUUCGGCAUGAACGUCGAAGUGCCCGGUAAGGACACCGCCGGACUGGGGUGGUUCUUUGGCAUUCUCGGAGUGAUGGCUGGGAUUGUAGUUCUGAGCAUGAUGAUCGCCCGCUGGCAGAAGCUGGUUUGA